AUGAUUCAACCAAUCACCCGUCUGCUAUUCUUGAUUCUUAAUCAUGCGCUGGUAAGCAUGAGGACAGCUAUGAAGGAAAUAGAUAACGAUUCUCCGAAAACUCAUCCUCUAAAGAAUCGCGUAAAAUGCAUUUCUAUCGAUGCAAAUCAUUGCUCAAAUGAAAAUGGUUUUGCACUUUCACAUGAGAAGGAUCGAAAGGCGGUAGAUGAGUGCCAAGAAGACGGAACGGACGAGUCAGUUGUUUCAGUGAACGAGAUCUACCAACUUGGUAUUGAGGACAAAGAGAACAACGAGGUUUAUCUCCUCGAUUUUGUAGAUAGCUUAAAAGUUUCCUAUUCCGUAGAAGUCCCCGAUACCAGCCAGGGAGGCUUGGAGACCCUUCCCCCUUUCAUUCACGAUUGUUUAUUUGCCGAAUAUCUCUCUUGUACAGCGUCUGAUGUCCUCUCCAAAAUUUCGGCAUCUCUUGAAUCGUGGAUGGAUGAGGUUGAUGAAGGCAAAUUCAUCUCGCGUCAUUUGGCAGCUUUCGAUGAGUUAAUCGUCCUUCGAAAGCAAAUCUUUACCCUCCUAAAACUCUUUGUCCCCAAUCCUGAUGUCAGGGAGGGUUUUGAUUGCACGACCGCUGAUUUGGACCGUUAUCUCCUGCGGAUUAUCCGAGAUUUGAGUAAUAAUAAUAGAAAUCUCGGAAGCGAAGCGUCUACAGGAUAUCCUGUUGUUUCGGUUUGCACCGAACCGGAGCAUUGUGUCCAUGUAUUAAGGCAACGGGUUCUGACGCUGCUGCAGACCCUUCUGCCUAACCUUCUCCUACCCGAAUCUUUCGAUCUGAAGCGUGAUUUGCAGGAUUUGAUCAAUGCAAUCUAUUCGUAUAACAUGCCUAAAUUUUAA